AUGGCUGACUCUGAACGUUCAAUUCUGCGUCACCGUGGACCAAAGAAAGACAAAAUCGACACCUUGACUGGCGGCACAGAGACGUCAUCCAUUGCUGACGGAGUCGAGGACGACAUUACUGUUGUCGCAACCACUGGCACAGAGUCAGCAGCCACCGUCGCUCAAGCUCAGGGUGAAGACAUUGGUACCAUUGACUUUGACACAGACGAAGAGUUCAAUUUGCCCCCAGUACCGCCUAAUACGCCUGCUGAAGCCAACCUUCCAGUCAUCCGUGACUAUGCCGUCGUCACCAGCUCGAACGGCGAGGAGUCACUCGUCUGGCAUGCAACUGCGGCCGCUUAUCUUGACGGUGUCGAAAUGAUUGAACAGGAGAAGGCCGACGCCGUGACUCUGGGAACACUGCUGUCUGACGCGUUGACACCCAUCAAUGUCAUCAACACCGUCAUUUACCUCGCUUUGCUGUGCGCUAAUGCGAAGUCGAGCAAGCUCAUCUCUCCCGCCACGCUGUUCGCCCUGGCACAAAUCAAUGAGAAUCUGGGGACGAUCACCGAGGGACUCUGGAAGACUGUGAUCACUCUCGCCCGUAAUCGCAAUCCUCGACCGUCACUGCGACUUCUCGGCAACAACGUCCCCUCCGUCGAUGUGUUUGUUGUUUGCUGCGGCGAACCUGACGAUGUGGUCUUGGACACGGUGAAAGCCGCUUGCAAAAUCGACUGGCCGACCAGCAAGUUCCGUGUCAUUGUCGCAGAUGAUGGGAACUCACUGAACCUUCGAAACAAAAUUCAACAAAUGCAGGGAACAUAUACCAACCUUCACUACUACUCUCGAGUGAAGCCAGCCGUCGGACACCAUGGGUACAAGGCGGGAAACCUCAACGCGACACUCCUUGACUAUGUUGAAAAGACCCCUGCUGGCUACAGCGAGUAUUGUGCAAUCUUCGAUGCCGAUAUGAUGCCGGAGCCAAACAUUCUUCGAGUCUUGGUCCCUCAUGCGAUUAAGGAUCCGAAUCUGGCAAUGGUGACUGCGGCCCAGUUCCAUUACAAUGUUCCCAAGGAUGAUCCUCUGAAUCAAGGGAAUACCACUGGCACAGGUGCUGAGGACGGAAAUCGAGACCGAGUAAAUGCCGCUUGGUGCCCAGGAAGUGGCUUCGUUCUCCGGACUGCUGCCUGGCACGACAUCAAGGGAUUCCCAGAGUUCUCUAUCACGGAAGACCUUAUCACCAGCUGGUGCCUUCACGGGAAAGGUCACAAGAUCGCUCUCAUCCCUGGUGUGAUGCAGUGGGGCCUGCAACCAGAUUGUCUGAUCACCCACUUGAAGCAACGUCGCAGAUGGUGGACUGGCCAUAUCCGCGAUGCGCUGCGAUAUAACUUCACCUUGAAUGCGGAGGCCCUGAGUGGCGCAAGCUUGAUUCAACGUUAUGCCAUGUUUCAUCAUGCCUGCCGUCCGUAUACGAUGACGAUCACCCACACUAUCAACACCUUGCUGACCCUUGUCUGCUUGUGGUUGGGUGGUCCCGUCAUCGGCGGGUCCGACAUUCGCGGUUUGAAGCAGAUUGUGUACUGUCUUGCCAUCUCUCGUGCCAUCGGCUUGAUCGGAGACGUCAAAUCCAUCUUCUCGGGUAGCUAUCUCAAGGUUCGUCGCAUGAUCGCAACCGGUGUAUGGAUGGGCCAUCAUUUCUCCCGGGACACCCUCCAGACCCUGUUGCCCCAACGCCUUGGUGGUCUUAGACUCGGCUUCGGUGUGAGCGGUGUCGAAGACAAACCACAGAUUGGUGUCAAGGAACGCAACGUUGCCAGUCGCCCUGCUCUUCUGACCCGAGUUUGGAUGGUCCACCAACGUGAGGGUAUUCUCUGGCAUCUCGCUUUGUUCUUGGUGACGGUGGCGCUCGUGCUGUAUCGAGUCGUGAGUGUGUUCAAGACGUCGACCGUCAAUGGUCAGGUCAUCUUGAGCAAUAACUUCUGGACCGAGCUGGUCAAGUCGGUCGGUUUUCCAGGUUUGGCACUCAUCGACAAUGUCCUGUACUAUCUCACGCCCAUCUUCUACAUGAUCGAUCCACCGACCAUGCCUGAGCGCCGCGAGACCAUGAAGUACGAGCCUGACACAGGUCUUUGGAAGCCACGCGAGGAAUACAAAAAGGUGUUGUACACCAGAGCCAGUUAG